CAUGGCGUCGUUUAAAAAGUUGUUUCACUAUUUUGAGAUUUUUCACAAUAAAGUAAACAUUUCAUGCUAUAGGUCAAUGCAUUUAUAAUUUGCACAACAACGCCAGAAAAAUCUAAACAUAAUACGCCUGUUAAAGUGUUUUUUGCAAGAAUAUAGCGAUGGAGGAAUCUACUCCGGAAUAUUUAACGGCAGAAGAGCUCAGAAGUCGUUUGUAUCGCAGUUUAAAACACCGUGGUCUUAUAGACACAGUUAAGUCUCAGCUACGGAACAGCAUUGUAACAGAACUGCAGACAUCAUUUCGAGGUCAUCUUUCACUAAACGAUUUGAAAGAGCCAGAAGAUAGUUCAUUGCUUCACCGAGCUGCCAACAGUCUGAUAGCAUCACACCUAAGACAUUGUCACUAUGAUUAUUCACUCAGUGUCUUUCUACCGGAAAGUGGCUUGGCUCAAGAUAAGAUAUUUAGCACUGAAGACUUGCUUCAAUUGCUUUCAAUCAACCCACAUUCAAAACUCCACCAAAAAUUAUUGCAUGCAGAAAGAAAUGGGCCAGGCAAGGGUCUUCUAUGGACAUUACUUCACGAUAUUUCGAGUCUACACGCCAGAUCAACACUGGAGACAGCUGUUCAGACUGAUCUCAUUCGAAUGGGUCCUGUCAGCUCUCUGGAUGAGAAGUUACAUAGUCUGGAUGAGUUGUAUUCAUCAAAGCGUCAUGAUCACAUGAAAACUGGGUCAGUGGCUGUUGAGGACCGACUUCUGUUGUAUCAGAGACAGCUGGAAGACAGAUAUAACUCAGAACUCAAGAGAGAACUUGCCCGUAUGAAAGACAACGAAAUAGCCAGAAUACGACUAGAAGAGAAAGAUCAGUGUCAAAGAGAAUUAAGCAGAUUUAGAAAGGAACUGGAGAGGGAAUACCAGUCUAGAUAUGAUGCUCUGGGAGAAAGAGAGAGAAAUUCGUUAGAACGGACGAAGGCUGAACAAGAGAUGCAUGAAAAAGAAAAUUUUACUCAGCGACAAAUUAUCUUAGAGGAAAUAGAAUGUGUUCGUCAGAGAGAGAACGAACUGAAGAGGGAAACAGAACUGAAUCAAAGGGAGAAGAAGCUGCUUGAGGAACGGAUGCGUGCGAAGGAGGAUGAGAUACGGAGGAGAGAACAGGAAGUGAAGCGGAAAGAGAUUGAGUUUGAGCAGAGGCUGCAGAACGGCAUGGCACAAUUCAAGCUGGAUACACAAGCCCGCUUCAUCGAGAGAACACAGAACCUGGAGGUUAGAGAAGCCAGAGUUAAAGAGUUGGAACGGCUUGUGUCGGAUGAGAAAAGUACGAUUCAGAGUGUUAAAGACGAACUGAGAGACAAAACUCACAGAAUUAAUGAGCUUGAGACUCUGACCCAGGAACUGAGACAUUCAGAAGUCACAGCGACCAGACAGAAUGAGUUCAUUAAUGCCAAACUCCGAGACAUGACUGACUACAAUGUGACCAAGGAGCAAAAUGCAUUAAUGAGAAAUGAAUUGGAAACUCUUCGAACGAGACUGUCCGAGCUUCUCAUGAUGAAUGAACGAGAAAGAGGCAGACAAGAGGAGUUGCUGCGAGACUUGCGCCGACCCAGCCCGGAGACUUUGAUGCUGCAGCGCGACCUGGAGCGAGCACGGGAAAGUCUGCGCCAGGAACAGCUGGUCUUCGAACAGCAGAAACAUCUGCUGGAGGUCCGCCUCAAGGAAGAGAUUGACAGGAAUCGUGAACUCAUACAGCAUUAUGAAGAGCAGACUCUACAGAUGAAGGAGAUGAACCGUGAAGUCGUUGAUUUACGUCAACAUCUCGCCAUGACAAAUCAAGCUUUGAAUAAUGAAGUCUAUAGGAAACCACCAGGCCCAGAUGAUGCAAGGUCAGUCAAUCUAUCCCAGAUUUCACAAGUAUCUCACCAUCAUGCUGCUGGUAGUCAUGGUAACAGAUCACGUUCCCCUCACCUGCGGUUUGAAGAUAAAGAUGUUUACAAUGAUGUACUACUCGACGAUGAUUAUGUGAUGCCGAAACGAUACGACCGGUUGUCAGAAGACGAUGAUGUUUCCUCCACGACAUCCUGUGACGUGAUCGCUGAAACAAAAUACAGACUGAAGAACUUGGAGAAAGAAGCUAAUAAUCUAGAACUGGCAUAUCAGGAUUUUCACCAUCAGAUGACAAACGUAGCUGCCAUCCCAGACCCUGUCACAUCCUCACACAGCAAAGGUUCCAGACAAGACAUUGUGAUAAGUCCUAUUGCCAGUGAACGUCCAAUGUCUUCCACACCCUACAAACAAGGUCACCAUUCUCAAGCCUAUCAAGAAGAUAGCUUUGAGGAGCUGAGUGGCCGCAAAGACCGAUCCAGGGGUGAAUCACAUCAGCCGAUUCCGAAGUUCGACAUCUCAAACAUGUCGAUGAACGAAGCUCAGACAAGUCAGACAGUCGAGAGGAAGGAAAAGUCUCGACCAAUCACAGUGUCCGACCUCGAGGUACGACCCGGGUCUCCGAGUAUCGUCGUCGUUGCCGGGUCGGAGUCCAGCGCAGGGCACUCUCCUGAGAAUGUAGCUGUGCCAUUACAACACAGAAGAACAGAAUCUGCACUUGAGCCAAUCGGAAAACCAACAGGAGCACUACCCCCUCUCUCGCUUGAUAGUGCAUGGAAAGGUGGUGAGGCUCCAUCAGCAGGGAUCCUACCCCCACUUUCACUUGACAGUGCGUGGAAGGGUGCUGAACCUACAGGGAAACUGCCCUCACUAUCGCUCGACAGUGCAUGGAAGAGUGAAGAUCAGAAGAAGGCUGAGGCACAAAGAGAGGCAGAAGAGAAGCGUGUUUGGGAGGAAGAGAGACAGAGACGCGAGGCAGAGAGACGACGACUGGAGGAGGAAGCCUGGGAGAGAGAACAGCAGAAACUGAAAGAACUCGAAGCACCAACACAGAGCGUGCCACAAAAUGUGGAGAAGAAGAAAGAGGAGAAGGAAGAAGCAGACGCCAUUGACCCAGUGAUGCAGCAGUAUAUGGACAUGGUCAAACAGCAGAAGGAGAAGGAGAAUGAGGUGGCUCAGAAAACAGUUGACACAUGGGGCAAAGGUCAUGACGCUAGCCCAGUCCAGUCAGAUAAUGAAAUAUCAGUACCGGAGGAAAAGAGUUGUCCAGCAUCUGAUGAUGAAUUUGGCUGGUAGAGAAUAUCCCGUGCUUUACUCUCACGUGCAGUCAGCCACUGGCUUGAUGUCAUAUUAGAGUUAUGUGCCUUACUUGUGAUCAGCAGUGACAUCUUACGGAGAUCCAAGUACUCACGAACAGUCUGACUGGUUUUCCAUCCUAUCUUAUGAAAUCACAUUGAAAAACCAGUCUAGUGAGUUACUGAACGGAGAGUUGAGGACUCUUCUGUUGCCCUAUAUUCUAAUCCAGAAUCAAAGAAACAUGUUUUAUGUCAGGGGUAGUGCUGUGUUGUUUCGUAGAAGAUCUAUAUUUAUAAUGCAGUACAUCUAAUGUAGAUUUUAUCAGUACUAGACAAAGAAAACAUACAGAAGACGGUCUUGGAUGCAGAAAUUUUAAAUUUAUUUAUUUAAUUUUAUUUUGGAGUGGGGGGCGUGCUAGAUGCAACUAUUUGAAUGGAAGUUGUAUAUUAGUGGUGAAUUCAUUUCUAAACAAGUGGAGGUUGGGCAUCCAGACCCAUUCAACCCCUCCCCUUGAUCCGCACCUGGAGGAACACAGCAAGGAGGUUUUAAGCUUAUGAAGUGUACAUUAUUAUAUUCAGUAUGAUAGUAACACAUUCUGAUAUAACAAUUUUGUAAGCUAAAUGUAUUCCUUCUAAAUAGUAUUUUUAAUGCAUUUUUUUAGAAUCAUUAUCAUGAAUAUUUUGAUUGCUGUUUUUAUAAUAGUUAUAUAUCUUGAUCAUUAAGUGAAUACUGAUGAAAAAGGUGUGAAAAAUGUUAUUGCCACUAAAUGUCAUAUUAAAAAAAUAACGGCAAGUUAGAUCAUAUAAUAAUAAAACAAUUCUGCACAGAACUGAAGUCAGUAAACAGUAUUGGGUGGCUAUACCUCCCAUUUUAUUGUGAUACAGUGUAACCUGUUAUAUUAUUCACUUCAUAGUCUUCUCUAUUACGUUUUUAAAAUUAUUUUAUGUUUCAUUUUAAUUGAAAAUUCUACUUGUGCGUGUAUCAAAGUGCCUCCUACCCAAUCCACUUCUGACGCCUAUGUUUAUGUGCCUCAAGUAAAUAAACUGAUUAUAUACAUUGAAUUGUUGGGAGUGAAUGCACAAUUAUCAACAUUUUGUUGUCAAGAUUCAAACAAAUCACCACACUCUGAAACGAACAUUCUUCAUAUAGCAUACUUUUCUUUUUGAAACAACCCCCAUUCCAAGAAUAUGUGCAUAGUAAAACUGACAUGCUCAUUCACUUUAAUAUUAUACUACAGAGACGACGAUAUAUAUGCUUGUUAACAAAGAUACAAGAUUUUGAAAAG